AUGUCUCCACCAGCUGCCAUGUUCCAGGAGCCCGCCUCCAUCCCAGUGAUGCCCACCAAAGGCACCAAGCCGACAGCCACCAUCGAACAGAUGGCCAACAACUGGUCCUCGUUCAAGUUCGCUCCCAUCCGCGAGUCUCAGGUGUCCCGGGCCAUGACUCGCCGCUACUUCAGCGACCUGGACACCUACGCCGAGUCCGACAUUGUCAUCGUCGGUGCUGGAAGCUGCGGUCUCUCCGCCGCCUACUGUCUCGCCAAAGCCCGACCAGACCUCAAGAUCGCCAUCAUCGAAGCCGGCGUGGCUCCGGGCGGAGGUGCCUGGUUGGGAGGCCAGCUGUUCAGCGCCAUGGUCAUGAGGAAGCCUGCCGAUGCUUUCUUGCGAGAGAUCGGUGUACCGUACGAGGACGAAGGUCCCGACUCGAACUUUGUGGUCGUCAAGCACGCUGCUCUGUUCACCAGCACUGUGCUAUCCAAAGUGCUGCAAUUCGACAACGUCAAGCUCUUCAACGCCACCACGGUCGAGGACCUCAUCACCCGUGCCGAUGACCAGGGAAAGCUUCGCAUCGCUGGCGUGGUCACCAACUGGACUCUCGUCAGCAUGCACCACGACGACCAAUCCUGCAUGGACCCCAACACCAUCAACGCCCCCAUCAUCAUCUCCACCACGGGCCACGACGGUCCUUUCGGCGCCUUCUGCGCCAAACGCCUCGUCGCCACCGGCAUGCUGUCCCAACUCGGCGGCAUGCGCGGCUUGGACAUGAACACCGCCGAAGACGCCAUUGUCAAGAACACCCGUGAGGUCGCUCCGGGUCUCAUCAUUGGCGGCAUGGAGUUGAGCGAGGUCGAUGGCGCGAACCGUAUGGGCCCGACGUUUGGCGCUAUGGCGUUGAGUGGUGUCAAGGCUGCGGAGGAGUGCUUGAAGGUGUACGAGGAGAGGAAGAAGCAGAAUGCUUUUUAA